AUGGCGCGCCGCCCUUCCUUGGACUCUGAGCGACCCAUGAUGGCCAACUCGACUCGCACCUCGAAGCGCUUUUCCACUGUCAGUGGUAGCCCCUCGCUCGCCAACUCCGAACGCACGAUCGGAAGUCUGCCCCCCGGUGACCCUCGGGUCGUCGACAUCACCAACUACGGCGACGGCGUCGAGCGUUUAGAGAACAAGCCCCUACAGAAGCAGCGCUUUGUGCCUACGCCGGAAAAGACGGAUGACUUGAACAAGCUGGCUCUCGGGGCCAAGGUGGAGCGCGCGCUGGGUCGCAGAAUGACCAGCCAGGACGCCGUGAUGCGCAAGCCAGUUUUGACUGAGAAGGCCGCCGCGGCUGCAAGCUCGUGA